UCCACAAUCACGCUUGCUCUUCAAAGGACGCCUUCUCGGUGCACUGCCUUGCUAUAUUCCUGUUUCUCUUCAACAGUUGUUCUCGCAGGCACGUUCAAGGCUGCCUCCCAGGGCCGAUGUCGUGCAGGUGUCUCCUGAGCCUCCUCGCCCUUCACGCCGCCGCAGCCUGCCAGGAAGUCAACUUGACGGGGCAGACGCCUUUGCCGACCUCUGGAGGCGCUGACAGCGUGAGAGCGUUGGUGGGCGUCCGGCCGCAGGAGGGCGAAUGGGGAGCGCUGUUCCAGGUGGAGCGAGAAGACCGGGUCGUGGCCAAGAUCAGCAUCUCGCGCAGGGAAAGCAAAACGGGAAGUGAAAUUGCUUACAACGACCAUUUGAGAAUCCAGUGUGGAGACAAAACUCCUCAAGCAUUUGAUUCUCCCUGGCCGACAGCCUGGCUCUCCGAUGAAGUCAAGUCCCUCCUGUUCAAGGUAUCCAAUAACCUCAUCGAAGUUUUGCAAAAGGAAGGCUCUUCAGAAAUGCAUAUCGGAUCAGACGUAUGCAAAAUAAAUCUGUCUAACGUCUCUUUCUCGGCCUCAAACCUCCCCCAUCUACCCGCGCCGACGCUCAGUCUUGGCUGCGCUGACGGAGAACUAAAGAAUGGUACAGAAGCAGAGUCAGGAAAGCAAAGGCGCGUUUGA